AUGCCAUCAGCCAAUCAGCUUUACUGUCCCCAGAACCGUGAGUGUGGCGUGAUAUCUAUUCCUCUCUCUAUGGUACACUUUAUUCUCAACUGGCUGUCAUUGAGCGAUGUUGUCUUCGGAAUUGUGUUUAAUGCUUCCUUACACCAAUAUCCGCCUCAGGCUUUGUUCUUCUCGCAAUGGUUCCCUUGUCGUCCAGCCCAUCCCUCAAACCACCGAAGUCCAGCCUAUUCACUGCUACCGAUUGGGAGCGGUUGCCCUGAGGCAAUUUUAGCUUGUGACAGUGAUUCAUACUUUCAAGGCGUCUUUGUCUCAGGUGGAAAGACCGCAUCCAAUAUUGGAAUCUCGUGA